AUGCGCCCUGGCGAGUUGAGGGACGUGGGCGAGGGAUGUAAGGGCAAGCAGUCAGGGGCUGCCUUGGAUCGGAGGCAGGGCCGGGGCGCAGUCCUUCGCUUGCCUCCCCUCAUGACGGGGACUGGCGAGCAGCGCCAUCGGCCCACUGGCAAGACGAACCUCAUGCUUGCCUGCGAACAAGGAAGGACAUUGGAGGUCAAGAUCAUACUGCAAAAGAAGCCUCUUACCGUUGCUAGUCGUGACCGCAAUGGCAAGACGGCCUUGCACUACUGCGCAGAAUCGGGCAGCCUCGCCUGCGCCCAGUUGCUGGUGGCGGCUGAGCCAGCACUGCUGGACAUGCAGGACGAAGAUGGACUCACUCCUCUUCACUUGGCUGUCAUCGCUGGCAACAGAAGUGUCGCCAAACUCCUCCUGAAGCAGGGAGCUGAUCCCGACCGUCUGGACAAGGAGAGGCAUUCCACAAUACACUGGGCUUCAGUGUGUGGCGACACCGAGAGCCUGGAGCUGUUGCUAAACCACAGUGCCAAUCCUUCCCUGCCCGAUAUUUUGGGAGCUUAUCCGAUCCACUACGCAGCCCAAAUGUGCGGGGCCCACAGUCUGAACGGGAAAGAUCCCGAGACGGGCAUCAGUACCCUCAAGAAGCUCGUCAAGGGAGGAGCCUCCGUGCAAUGCAGAGACAGAGAUGGCAGGGAACCCAUGCUCUGGGCUGCCAGUACAGGUAGCAGCGAAGCCGUCCUUAUUCUUUUCACUGCCGGUGCCAAUGUAGCUUCAACGGAUAAGGACGGCCUCACGGCGCUGCAUUGUGCGGCCAGCAGGGGUCACCGGGGCUGCGUGGAGACGCUGGUGACACUGUGCGGUGCAAGGGUCAAUGCGGGUGACACGAUCGGCUGCUCGCCUUUGUUCUACGCAGCGGCGCAAGGGCACGCGGACACCGUCCAGGUGCUGCUCAAGUACAGCGCCGACCCCAAUCUGCAGGACAACAAAGGCAGAACACCUGCUCAUUGCGCAGCGGCUAAAGGGCAGUUAGAGAUAAUGCGAAUUCUCGACAGCAACGGCUCAGACCUGUGGAUGAGGAAUAGCAGAGGGAAUCUACCAUUACAUGAAGCUGUACAGUCCGGAAGAAAAGAUCUUGUCCAAUGGCUACUGCAGCAGUGUCCUCGGGCAGUGAAUGCGACAAACAUAAAUGGAAGAACACCUUUGCACAUCGCAGCUCAACGAAACAAUGUGGAAAUGUGCGAAAUUUUGAUUGAUUAUGGUGCUUUUGUAAACCCACUUAUGGUUAAUGUCAAAGGAUUUUUGAUGAGCCCCCUAGAUGCAGCUGUUUACCAAGGAAACCAACGUUGUGCAAAGUACCUUCAACUCCAUGGCGCUGUUCCUGCUACGAAAGUCCUCGAAAACAACGAGAUUAACAAAAAUCUGCUGUUCUCGCUCGGCAACUAUGCAUUUAGUCAGAAAGAGAGAUCCGACGAAGACAUAGGCACAGCAACCACCUUCGACAACGCACGAAUCCCUACAACGGACAGAACCGAAGAAGGUCAUCUAGUACGCGAUACGCAAACCAGAACGAUUCGAGCGCAGCCAGCGCCCCUUCCACAACCAGAAGCCCCUUCUGAGUCCUUGCUGACAAACGUGACGUCAGAAGAAGUGACUGACACCUCUGUGCAUAUCCACCUGAGCAGGGACGACUUGUGGUCCCUUUGGGAAUCCCUCAUGCAAGAACUGACUUCGGAAAUGUCUGAGGACAGGGAUGGAUCAGAAGCAUCCCUUCCGUCCGGGGCAUCAGAUGGCAAACACCAGCAGAGGAGGAAAGCGGCCUCUGAGAUUAAGCAGCUGAAACCCAUCCUGACCAACGUGUACCUGAGGACAUCCAGAUCUCACCAGGGAGUGAUUGCAGGCGAAUCUUUGCUCGAUAAAGGAAAGAUUCCAAGAGAGAGUGAAGAAAGAAUUCGGUUGCAAGCAGCGCAGGGUGAUCUGAAGAAACAUUCCCGUGCGACUACAGACCACUUUGAUGAAUCGCUUCCAACCGCUUUUCAGGAAGAGAGUUUUGACAAUCAAACAGAAGGAAAUACCGCUUCCAGUCACUUCAGUGACACCGACAAAGAACGUCUUCAGAUAUCUUCAAAUAAGAAUCACAAAAGAAGGAUGGAUUUAACAGACAGCGUCGGCAGUGAUACUGAGCACCGAAGUGCUGCUCUGUCAGGUGUAAAAGUAACAAGACUACGGAAGAAAAAGUCUGAUGGUAGAGCAUGGGGAAGAGAGCCAGAUGAAAGUGAAACAAGCAGUGGACGUCCAGAACAAAGAGAAGCAAACCCGUACCUUAAGAAGUACUUUCAGAAGCAAGCUAAGGCGGCAGAAUUGAGAAAUUACUUGGAAGGGUAUCCUGGAAAAGAUCACUAUGGUUUACCAGAAAAUAGAGAUUUGUACAGAAGUCAUCAAAAUUUGAUGGAUUUGAGAGAAAACCAUGAAGACAGAACGCAGGAAACUGCCGAAGAUAUUCAUCAUCACCACCAUUUUGAACAUGGUUCUGAAGAAGAAUGUGGAGCAGAAGGUGAAAAACAUAUUCCUGUCUUUCAUGCAGAAAAGAAGGUUAGAAAAGUAGAAAAAGAUGAAAAAACGGUUGAUGAUGAUGAACAUGAAAGUUUAAAUGAAGAUGCGAAGAGAGAUCGUCGCAGAAGUUCAAUUAAGUAUUAUAAUAAUUGUCAUCGAAUUCAUCAUAGAAGACAUUCUAAAGAGCAUCAUGAUAUAAAGUAUGUCUGCAGCGAUUGCGCAAAAGCAAGUAUAGAAGGAUCUGAGAGAAGGAAAAAGAAUUCUGAGUCACGUGGGGCAGACAUACGUAAGGAAGAACGCUCUUAUCUUUCAGAUGACAAAGAACAUAAUAGUUCACCUGAAGUUCAAAUACGGAGGACCAGUUCAAAACAGUUUCUAGAAGUUCCAUCACAACAAGUAGUCAUUAAAAGCAGGAGUAAUAGCGAAGAUAAAGAGAAAGACAUUGAUGAAGCUGAUGUGAAACCACGACAUCACCAUCGUCAUCACCAUCGACACCGACGUCACCAUCACCACCAUCAUCAUCAUCUAAAAGACGAAAGCGUUUUAGAAGAUCAUCAUUCCCAUCAUAAACAUAGAAGAUACCAUCACAGGAAAAGAUCGCGUUAUGCCACGGAUGAUUUCGGGAACAUUCCAGAGCGUAAAAAUUUGUCGGAUGGUGAAUUUCGUUUAGGAAAAGAAAGUAUGUACUCGAGCCCAGACGAUCAUCGAUCAAAGAGCGAGAUGUCUACACUGCCACAAAACAUAAUUGAUGAUAACGAAAUGGUUCCACUAAAUUCCCGAAAGUCUAAAUAUACAUUGGAUGAUGAAAGCGCACAUAAAGAUGAAGAUAACGAAAGGGAAGAUAGAAAACCUGAUGAUUCAAAACAGUUGAAAAGGAAGUCACACACAGAAGAAUCUCUAAAAAAUAAUACAAUUGAAAAUGAAACUGAGAUUGGUAGAGAAGAUAUCGAGGAAAACAUAGGAGAAAAAGAAAAAGACGCUGCUUCAGGCAAAGCUGACAAUAAAAUUGUCCAUAACGCACCUCAAACGAAGAAUAAGAAAAGCUCUCCAGAAAGAAAAAAGAAAAAUGCUUCACACAGCAGUUUGAAGACAACGCCCAAAAAGGAAAAAGUUCAAAUGCCUUUAAAAUUGACAAAGAGUCUUUCUGCUAUUGGACAAAAAUCGAAAGAAGAUCAAUCCUCAAAAAACAAAAGUAAUUCAGCAAAAACCGAAAAAAAUUCAGAACUUCCAAAAAUUAAAGUGUCUUCAGUGGAAGAGGACAUUAUGACACCCGAAAUCGUUUUUCCUCAGGAUUCAAACAAAAGUAAAACCACUAAAAAUGACAAAAGUGUCAAAAGUCAACAAAUAUUACAAGUUGAUAAAGUAAGCGAGAAAGACAAAGAAAUGAAAAUAACUGCAGAAGAAGAAAUAGAAGAAGACGAAGUGCAAUCUCAAUCUGAAACUGAAAGAAUUGAUAUCGGAAUAGCUGCGGAAGAAGCAGUGAAAAAUGAAGUACAGAACAUAAUAAGCAUGGCAGAGUCUGAAUUUAAAAAGAUGAUGGAAAAUGUUGAUGAAAAUUCGGACAUAUGUUCUAUUCACGAAGAUGAUUCCAAAAUUGAGGGUGAAAGUUUGAAGCCACAUAAUCGACGUCAGAAGCCGAAACUAAAUUUAGUGCAGACGAUAGCGAUGAUGUUCAACCUGAACCAGAUUUAG